CUGUUCUGUGCUGAGUGGGCACCUCCAAAAUGCACCCUCUGCACUUCUAGCCUGGGGCUGGCUCACAUAUAAGGGCCACGGGGGCCACCGAGCCUCAGCCCCACUACAUCCCGCCCACAGAACACUCAGAGAAGCACAAUGACCAGCCAUCCCAUGGAGACAAUGGGCCAGUGGAAGGUGACCGUCUGGGAGGAGGAGAACUUCCAAGGGAAGAGAUGUGAGUUCCACCUCGAGUGUCCCAACAUCAUGGAGAGAGGUUUCAGACGAAUUCGCUCCAUUAAGGUGGAGAAUGGCCCUUGGGUUGGAUUUGAAUACCCUGAAUUCCAGGGGCAGCAGUUUAUUCUAGAGAAAGGAGACUACCCCCGCUGGGAGGCCUGGAGCGGGAACAGCGGCUACAGAACCGAGCACCUUCUGUCCUUCCGACCUGUGAAAAGUGCUAACCACAGUGACAGUAAAAUAACCAUUUACGAGGCAGAGAAUUUCCACGGCCGUAAGUUUGAGUUCUGUGAUGAUUACCCCUCACUGCAGGCCAUGGGCUGGUGCUCUAAAGAAGUUUCCUCCAUGAAGGUCAACUCUGGCGCCUGGGUUGCAUACCAGUACCCCGGCUAUAGAGGCUACCAGUACGUGCUGGAGAGAGACAGACACACCGGCGAAUACAGGAAUUAUAAUGAAUUCAGCACUCAGGCUCCCACCAACCAGAUCCAAUCCAUCCGCCGUGUCCAACACUAAGGGCAGCUCAGCCGGUCCUGCCGCCAACCCACGUCCUGAGACCAUACAGCCGACUGCGAUGGAACCCUGGCGUUCUCUCUCUGCUAGAAUAAAGGAAUAUGUCAUCAAUAAA